AUGGCUAUGUGGGCAGCCCUCCUCGGCGCCUUGGCCUACGCCUAUGAGGCCGUCGUCGUCGACGUCGCGGACCGAAGCGCAAACAGCCCCCUGCUCAAGGGCUACCACUUCUCGCCUUUGAACCACCAGAUCUACGGCGUCUACAGCCAGAUGGUCUACGACGAGAGCUUCGAGCAGAGCCUGUCGGACCUCGGCGGCGCCAGGUCGCUGGGCUGGUCCGGCGACGCCACGUGGGUCAACGACAGCGCCGCGUUCAACGGCAACGUCUCCGUGCGACUCGAGCCUGGCGCGCGGCUCUCGAACCGGGGCCUGUACCACCAGGGCUUCGCGCUCGAGGCCGGCGAGCCCUACGAGUUCUACGCCUUCGCCCGGGGCGCGUGCGAGCUCACGGUGGCCCUCGAGGACUGGGGCGACGUGCAGGCGACGGGCGCGGCGACGCGGCCGGCGACCGCGGCGACGCUCGCGACGGAGGACUUUACGGUGUCCGGCGACAACUGGACGCGCGUCGACGCGUUGCUGAAACCGACGGCGGGCACGACCUGCGGCCGCGCGGCCGUCGGCGCGCCGCCGCUGGACUGCGGCGGCGAGACGGCCGAGGGCAACGACGGCUGCCGGGUCUGCGGGGGGGCGCUGACGCUGUCGUCGGACCGCGAGUGCGACGUCGACUUCGUCUACCUCCAGCCGGGCGCCUGGGGCCGCUUCGCGGGCUUGCCGGUGCACAAGGGCGCCGGCGACGCCCUGCGCGACUCCGGCGCGACGUUUCUGCGGUGGGGCGGCACCUUCACCGAGACGGCGACGGCGCCGCGGAGCGCGGGCGACGGCUGGCGCCUCUACGCCGGCCCGGCCUCCGAGCGGCCGCCCUACACGGCGGACCACGCCAACGUCAAGCCGACGAAGCUGCGGCGCUGGAGCCGGGGCUGGGGCGCCUUCGAGGCGCUGGACUUGUGCGACGCCGCGGGCCUGGGCGCGUGCGCGGUGGCGCUGCCGCACUGGACGGCGCCCGACGCGUUGGCGGACUUCGUCGAGGCCGUCGCCGCGAGCCACGAUCUGAAGACGGUCGUCGUGCAGAUCGGCAACGAGCUCUGCCCGGAGGCGUUCCUGCGGAAUUCGUCGCUUCUGGGCUUCGGCUUCGCGGACCAAGUGGCCGCGAUGGAGACGCGCGCGAAUGCGUUGGGCUAUCCCCACGAGCUCCGCUACGUCUACGGCACGUUCCAGGGCCUGACGGGCCCGGACCGGCGCUGCGCGCGAAACGCGACGGCGCGCGACCUCGCGAGGGAACUCGCGGACGCGGCGGGCCCCUGCGACCGCGUCUUCUUCGACUUCCACUCGACGCCGUCCUUCGCGUCCGACGGCCCGCGGAACGCCGCCGACGCCCUGGACGCGCUCGCGCCCGCGGGGUGCAAAGUUGGUCUCGUCGUCUUCGAGCAGAACGCGUGCCGCGACGGCGAGCGCUUCGGGGCGGCCCUAGACCGCGCGGCGGCCUUCAACGCGCUCGCGGCCCUGGGGACGCGCGUGGCCGCCGCGGCGUCGUCCCAGCUCUGGACCGCCGGGUCCCACUACGACGGCUGCGGCGAGGGCCACGCGGUGCUGCUGCCGGACCAAGUCCUGCUCGAGCCGCCGUACCACGCGAUGCGCCUGAGCUACGCGUCGCACCACGGCACGCGCCUCGCCGUCGGCGACGCCGCGAACCUCUCCGUCGCCGCGUCGGCCGCGUCAAACGGCGGGCUGUUCCUGCGGGUGGCGAACGGGCUGAACGCGACGCGGCCCGUGGCGCCGGUCUUCGCCAACGCGUCGGCCGCGACGUGCGCCGCGAAGGCGACCGUGCUGGCGUCGCCGCUGGCCGGCGAGGCGUACGCGCGCGAGGCCGGCGGCUGGAACGGGCCGGACGCGCCGAGUUUCGUCGCGCCGGUCGCCGCCGAGGUGGGAUGCGCGGUCGUCGGCGACGGUUUCGCGCGGCUCGAGCGCUUCGACAUGCCCCCGCUGUCGCUGGUGGUGUUUGAGGGCCUCGUCGGCGCGGCGAUCGUGCCGCAGCUGCCGCCGCUGCCCGCCGCCGCCGCCGCCGCCGUCGCGCUCAAGUCCAUCGAGUGGAGCGCCACGGACGGCUUCGACAGCGACUUCCCGUCGCAGAUCGACUUCAUCGAGUUCGACGAGAAGGCCUACAAGGCCAUGCGCGACGACCCGCGGCGCACGCCCAAGUUCACCAAGGCCAUCGCGAACCGCCUGAAGGCGCUCGGCCCCGACGCCGUCGUCCUCGACCUCGGCACGGGCCCCUUCUGCGUGCUGGCGCUCGUCGCGGCCAAGUACGGCGCGAAAAAGGUCUAUGCGGUGGAGGCGAACCCGGAGGCCGCGCGGCGCGCCAAGGCGUUCAUCGCCAAGUGCGAGAAGCCGAACGCGAGCGGCCGCGACGGCGAGGGCGUCAUCCCACUCGCGCCGGGCCAGAUCGAGGUCAUCGAGGGCUUCUCGACGAAGCUCGAGCUCCCGCAGAAGGUGGAUUUGUGCGUCUUUGAGAUCUGCGGCUCCAUCGCGUCGGAGGAGGGCCUGUACGCGACGAUGAAGGACGCGAAGGCCAGGCACCUCAAGAACCCCGACGACCCGGGGUCCUACAUCCCCCAGCGCUGCCAGACCUACGCGGCGCCCGUGAGCUACGCCCUGCACAACCUGCUGACGCCGCCGUCCUACGACUGGUCCAAGAUCGCCGGCAAGGACCCGAUCCGCUUCAACUGCCGCGACGAGGCGCUGCAGCUCCUCGCGCCGCCGCAGCUGCUCGAGGACGUGAACUUCGCGGGGCCGCUGCCGUCCCUGCCGGCGACGGUGUCGACGAAGCUCGCUUUUAAUGUCGACGCCGCGUCGCUGCAGCGCGCGGAGGCGAACUACGCCGACGCGUUCGCGAACGAGCGGCAAUUGCAGUCGCUGCUGGUCAAGGAGGACGGCUCCAAGGCGUCGGCCGCGGCGACGAGCGCGGACAUCGCCGCCAAGUUCUCCGGGCUGGCCAUGUGGCCCACGCUCGUCCUCGACGACGACGCCGCGACUUUGGUGAAAAGCCGCGGCGCGAACGGCGAGGCCCAGAAGAGCCACUGGCAGACGGUCCUCCAGCUCCUCGCCGACGCGCCCGUCGCCGUCGCGGCCGGCACCACGAUCUCCCUCGCCUUCGACGCGAAGCUCGACAAGGACGUGGGCGCGCCCGCCGCUUCCGACGCGUUCGGCAAGGUCGCGGACGACUGCGGCGCCGCGGCGGACCUCUUCGCGAAGACGGGCCCGACGGUGGGCGAGCUCGCGAGCAAGUCGGCGACGGUCGCCGGCGCGGCGCUCGCCGGCGUGCUCAUGCCCGGGUCGCUCGUCGUGUCCGGCGUCGGCGCGCUCGUCGGCGGAAGCGUGACGCGCCUGGCCGUCGCGCCGACGCUCGUCGAGGGCCGCUACAAGGCCAUGCAGGCGAAGAUCGCGGGCCUCCUGCGGGACGCCGCCGUCGCCGGCGACUGGACCACCGUGACGUCCGCGGAGGUCGACGCCGUCGUCCGCGAGUACGGCCUGCCCGGCGACUACUCGGUCGCGCUGCUCUGCCAGAUCUACACCAAGUACCUCCUCGAGGUCAUGCGCAUGCCCGACGUCAAGACGGCGGAGAUGAACGAUCUCGUCGCCCUCCGCGAGAUCCUCGGGUUGGACGCGGAGGCGGCCGGCAACGCGCACUACGACGUCGCCGUCGAGGUCUACGGCCAGCUCCAGUGGACGGGCGACGAGGUCCUCAAAGACCCCGAGUCCGCGGAGCACAAGACCGUGUCCAAGCUCCUCUUCCUCUCGGACCGCGCCUUCGCGGGCACGGCGGCCGACAGCGUGAGCGACGAGGCCUACGGCUACGAGGUCGGGCGGGUCCGGGCCGUCUUCGGGCUGGAGCAGGCGGACCUCGAGGACCGCUGCUCGGCCAUCGCCGCGCCCUUCUACGACCGGGCCCUCGCGGGCACGCUGGAGAAGCUCGACUCCGUGAACCCGGACAUGCUCGCGCGCGCGCGUGCGAAGCUCGGCAUCACCGACCAGACGGCGUCGGACAUGCACCUCGACUGCUACACGGCCGAGGUCGGCGAGCUCCUGGCGGCCAACGGCAACUCGCUCUCCGACGCCGACGACGCGCGUUUGGAAUCCCUGGCGACGAUCCUCGCCGUGCCCAAGGACGCGGCCGCCGAGGCGACGGCGACGCUCACGGUGCCGCUCUACGUCGCCGCGACGCGCGACGCCGUCGAGGCGGGCAUCGGCGCCGACGACGCGGCGGCGGCGGCGCUCGGGCCGUCGCUCGACAAGAUGAAGGUCGACCUGCGGCUGACGGACAGCGCGGCCGAGGGCGUCUUCCGGUCCGCGGUGCGGGAGGUGCUCGCGGCGCCCUACAAGGCCGCCACGGACGCGCUGAAGCUCCAGAACACGCCGGGAGCGUUGGCGUCCGUGUCGCGGCUCAUGGACGUGCAGAAGGGCGUCGAGACCGUCGUGAAGACGGCGCCGUUCCUGUCCGGCGCGGACGCGGGGUCGUUCUUCGACGAUUUGUUGGGCGUCACGGGCAAGUCGCUGCCCCUGUCGCUCUACAAGCUCGUCUACGUCGAGAAGCUCGGCGACGCGCUCGACGACGGCGCCAAGGCCGAGCUCGGCGCGCUCGCGAAGACGCUCUCGCUCACGCCGUCCGACACGGCGCUCGUCCACGAGCAGAUCCUCGCGCCGAAGCUCGACAUCAAGCUCGGCGAGAUGCUCCGGGAGGCGACGCCGGACCGGACGGACUUGGACGCCUGGGUCGCCAACGUCGACUUCCCGGCGGCGCUCCUCAAGGAGAAGAUGGAGCGGGCCUACACGGACCGCAUCCGCGCCUACAGCUCCGAGAACUCGAUCCUCUCCGUGGAGCGCAAGGCCCAGCUCGAUUCGCUCCAGGCGUUCCUCGAGCUCUCGGACGAGGACGUCUACGCCGCGAAGAAGGCGACGUUCCUGCCGACGUACGCGAAAUCCGCGCUCGAGGCCAUGGGCGCGUCCGGCGGCGGCAUCGUCGCCGACGAGUACAAGGAGGGCCUCGCGAAGCUCCAGGCGCGCCUCGACCUCCGCGACGAGGACGCCCAGACGGCCUUCGCGGCCGCGGCGAAGGAUCGCCUGCAGCCUCUGGUCGAGGGCGUCGUCGGCGCCUUCGAGGAGAUCGUGCUGACGCCGGAGCAGCUCGCGAAGAAGCGGGGCAUCGACGCCGGCGACGACCUCAACGUCGACAAGGGCGCCGGCGGCACCUUCGGCAUCGACGAGGGCGCGGCCGUCGGCGCCGGGUCGCCGGAGAAGGUGCUCUCGGAGCUCGCGGCCGUCGUCGACUUCGUGCUCGGCAACGGGUUGGCGACGGAGCCGGAGGAGCUCGGCGGCGCCUGGACCUACGCCGUGGACUGCGCCGCGCUCGUCCCGCCGGACCUCCGGGCGGACCUCUUCAAGCAGUGCGUGCUCUCGUCGCUCCAGGUCUCCGAGGGCGACGCGAUCACGGACGCGAAGAAGGAGCGCUACGCGAACGCCGUCUUCCACCUGCCGGGCGUCCUCGGCGUCGACGACGUCGACGCGGCCAAGGCCAAGCAGGAGGUCGGCAACACCAUCGCCCAGAAGUACUGCGGCGCGGCCCUCGCCCAAAAAGCGACGCUCGACGGCGCGGACGCGGCCUUCGUCGCGAACCUCGAGGAGAAGCUCGGCGUCGACCUCGGCGACGUGUCCUUCGCCGCGAAGAAGAACGCCCUGCUCGACAAGCUCAACAAGGUGUCCCAGGGCUACAACGACCCGAACACCGCGGCCAAGGCCGCCGAGCUCCGGGACGCGGCCGUCGCCAUGGGCAUCGACCUCAAGAAGGACCUCGGCCUGCCGGCGAACAAGGUCCAGGCCCUCUUCGCCGCCGAGGCCGUCGCGGCCAUCGAGGGCGACGACGACGACGCCGCGGCGGCCGUCGGCGACGUCGCCGACGGCUACGGCCUCGGCGCGGACGAGGCGUCGUCCUACCUCGUCGCGCUGGCGGACAAGGUCUGCCUCGAGUGCAUCGACAACGCCAAGGCGGACCUCAUCACGAAGAAGCCGGUCAACGCCUGCGAGUCCCUCGACAAGCUCCUCCUCUACCACCAGUUCGCGAAUUUGGACGACGGCGCGCUCGGCGCCGCGGCCGCGUCGAAGAAGGACGAGAUGGUCUCCCUCUACGCCAACUACUGCAACGCGCGCGGGCCCGAGAUCGAGGCCAAGGCCCACGAGCUGAGUGAUGGGCCAUCGUCGAGUUGUGGCUUCUUUUGCUGCGCCGCCGUGGCCGGCCAGCGCCAGGAGCUGCGCGACGACGCCUGCGCCCGCGCGUCGCAGGCCUGGUGGGACGCGAACGUGCCCUGGGCGGCGCAGCAGCUGACGACGCGCGAUCUCUACGUCUCCUGCCGCGGCGAGGUCAUCCCCUUCACCGUGGAGCUCCGCGGCGACCUCGAAAACGACGCGGACUUCGUCGCCGACGAGAUCUUCGGGCGGACGGCCUGCGCCGACGAGCCCCUGGAGGCGCGGCGCGCCGUCGUGCUGGAGGGGUUGCGGGACGAGCGGAGGCGGCCGAGCUCGCGGAGCCACACACCUUUACGCCUCCUGCGGUCCCUGCCGGACCGCGACGGCCUGCCCCGCCUCCUCGCGGACCUGGGCUACGCGGGCACGGGCGUCGAGGUCGGCACGCACCGCGGCGAGUUCGCCGCGAAGCUGCUGAACGGCUCCGCGCUGUCGGAGCUGCACCUCGUGGACCUCUGGGCCGCCGUCGACUUCUACGACGCGGACCGGGCCGGCGACGUCGCGGCGACGCGGGCGGCCGUGGCGCCCUACGGCCGCCGGGCCGCACUGCGCGAGGGCCUCGCGUCGCUCGACGCCGCGCGGGCCUUCCCGGACGCGAGUUUGGACUUCGUGUACCUUGACGCGGAGCACACGUACAGCGGCGUCCGGGGCGACCUCGAGGCCUGGUGGCCCAAGCUGCGGCGCGGCGGCCUCUUCGCGGGCAACGACUACCACGCGGGCUGGGUGCGCCCCGCGGGCUACUACUUCGGCACGAAGGACGCGGUCGACGAGUUCUUCCUCCGCGCGGACCACCGCGUCUACGCGACGACGACGAGCGCGAUCCCGACGGCGGGCGAGGUCGUCCUCCCGGACUGGUACGUGUUGAAAUGCGCCUAG